GCGGUGGGCGAUCCCAGCAAACUGUAAAAACACCAGGGGCAUGUGAGUUAAAAACGUUGGAACAUCGUAGUGACCUCUGACGGUCUGAGCUGAAACAGUCUCUACUAACUUGCCGCGUGUACAUCAGUAUACUCUUUGAAGUUUAAAGAGCUAGCUAGCCCAACUAAAGAAAACCCUUACCCUUACCACCGCUUUUACCGUAUUUUACCCCAUUCUCUUCCAAAACCCCAAUACAGUCCCAGUAGGGUCCCGGUCUCUGGGUGUUUUCUCUCUUGGCUUGUUAAAGCAUCAGCAACGCUCCCUAUCUCAAAUAUGGAGUCUUCCCAACCCCAACAGCAACAAGGGCCCAAGAAGAGAGGCCGAAAACCGAAGCCGAAGGACGAGAAAGAACAGCAGCAACAGCAACAAAGUGCGGGUAAAAUGAAAGAAGGAAAGAAAGCCCAACAACCAAGCGUUGAUGAGAAGUACACUCAAUGGAAGUCUUUGGUCCCUGUUCUCUAUGACUGGCUUGCUAAUCACAAUCUCGUUUGGCCUUCUCUCUCUUGCCGCUGGGGACCGCAGCUUGAGCAAGCUACCUACAAGAAUCGACAGCGUCUCUACCUCUCAGAGCAGACGGAUGGUAGUGUUCCAAAUACGCUUGUGAUUGCAAAUUGUGAAGUUGUCAAACCUAGGGUUGCUGCUGCUGAACACAUAUCUCAGUUUAAUGAAGAAGCACGCUCACCAUUUGUGAAGAAGUACAAGACCCUUAUACAUCCUGGAGAGGUGAACAGAAUUAGAGAACUUCCACAGAACUCUAAGAUUGUUGCCACACACACUGAUAGUCCAGAUGUUCUUAUUUGGGAUGUUGAAGCUCAACCCAACCGUCAUGCUGUCCUUGGAGCUACACAUUCUCGCCCAGAUUUGAUUUUGACUGGACAUCAAGAUAAUGCGGAAUUUGCUCUCGCAAUGUGUCCCACCGAACCCUAUGUGAUCUCUGGAGGGAAGGACAAAUCAGUGGUAUUGUGGAGUAUCCAGGACCACAUAUCUGGUGGAUCGAUUGUCAAACAGAACAAGCCUGGGGAAGGUAAUGAUAAAACAGCUGAAGGACCUUCUGUAGGUCCUCGUGGUAUCUUCUGUGGGCAUGAGGAUACCGUUGAAGACGUUGCAUUCUGUCCAUCCAGUGCACAGGAGUUUUGUAGUGUAGGCGAUGAUUCCUGCCUCAUAUUAUGGGAUGCACGAGUUGGCACUGGCCCCACUAUCAAGGUUGAAAAGGCACAUGAUGCUGAUCUUCAUUGUGUUGAUUGGAACCCCCAUGAUGAUAAUCUUAUCCUGACUGGGUCUGCAGAUAAUACUGUUCGUAUGUUUGAUCGAAGAAAUCUCACUUCUAAUGGAGUUGGAUCACCAAUUUAUAAGUUUGAGGGUCAUAGAGCUGCUGUUCUGUGUGUGCAGUGGUCACCAGACGAGUCAUCUGUAUUUGGUAGUUCAGCCGAGGAUGGCCUCUUAAACAUUUGGGAUUAUGACAAGGUGGGCAAAAAGGUGGAACGUCCUUCAAAAUCGCCAAGUACUCCUGCAGGACUCUUUUUCCAGCAUGCUGGCCACAGGGACAAAGUCGUCGACUUCCAUUGGAAUGCAUCUGAUCCAUGGACUGUUGUUAGUGUAUCUGAUGACUGUGAUAGCACCGGUGGAGGAGGGACAUUACAGAUAUGGCGAAUGAGUGAUCUGAUCUACAGGCCAGAGGAGGAGGUUUUGGCAGAGCUGGAGAAAUUCAAGUCCCAUGUCAUUUCAUGCGCCUCAAAGCCAUGAAGGAUGAAGGCGCCCCAACAUAUUUCCAGAUUGACUUGUAACAAAUCUAUGUAGAUGCCUCAGUAGGUGACAUGUAGAUUUUCAGACAUUGAAUAUUGGUAAGUGUUAGACUGAUUACAGCAUUGUUGAAGACAAGAGUCAGUGUGGUUUGGAGGAUAAAAAUUAUGACUCAAAUCAACUAAACUCUAUGAUGGGAGGCAGAAGGUUCUCAUUGUUUCCGGCCCAUAGGUAGUUGCAUUGCAUGUUACUAUUCUGAAUUAUGAUGACAAUUGUUUCUUCAUUUUCCGCCUUUUUGAUUCGGUGGUCUUGUCUUGUGCUUUGAAGAUAGAACAGUUAAUGUGGAUUGUGUGUGGGUAAAAACUUAAUUGCGUAAUGAACAGUAAUUAUUACCUAAAA